GGUCUCUCCACAGUUGCACUGUCAGCCACAAUUUCAUUCGCCCAUAGGUCGUGGUGCUGGAGAGGGAAAAGGUCCAGAAAAAUUUUCAUGUUGUUCAGAGACCUGCGUGAUUGGUGUGAUUAGACCUUUCAGAGUGCGAAUUGUGCGUGGUCACUGGCCCCUCCAACGCAAGGGAAUGAAUUUGAGUUUUCACGCUGGCUUUCCUACUCCGUCGCUGCUUCUCCAGGACUCGAAUCCUGACAUCGUCCUGCCAAAUCAACAACCGCUUCUUCUCCAGGUCGACCGGUCUCUACCAAUCCUUCAAGAUGUCCGAAAUUGCUCACCCCACGAUCCAGGAUGGCUGGUUCCGCGAGAUCUCCAACAUGUGGCCUGGCCAGGCCAUGACCCUCAAGGUCGAGAAGGUCCUUCACCACGAGAAGAGCUUGUAUCAGGAUGUCCUGAUCUUCAAGUCCACUGACCAUGGCAACGUCCUCGUCCUCGACAACGUCAUCCAGUGCACCGAGCGCGAUGAAUUUUCCUACCAGGAGAUGAUCACCCAUCUCGCCAUGAACUCCCACCCCAACCCCAAGAAGGUCCUCGUUAUCGGCGGUGGUGAUGGCGGUGUCCUCCGUGAGGUCGUCAAGCACGACUGCGUUGAGGAGGCCAUCCUCUGCGACAUCGAUGAGGCUGUCAUCCGUCUCUCCAAGCAGUUCCUCCCCCACAUGUCUGCUGGCUUCGAGCACCCCAAGGUCAAGGUCCACGUUGGCGAUGGCUUCAAGUUCCUCGAGGACUUCAAGAACACCUUUGAUGUCAUCAUCACCGACUCCUCCGACCCCGAGGGUCCCGCCGAGUCUCUCUUCCAGAAGCCCUACUUCCAGCUUCUCCACGACGCCCUCCGCGAGGGUGGUGUUAUUACCACACAAGCUGAGAACCAGUGGCUCCACCUUCCUCUCAUCACCAAGCUCAAGAAGGACUGCAAGGAGGUCUUCCCUGUCGCCGAGUACGCAUACACCACCAUCCCCACCUACCCCUCCGGCCAGAUUGGCUUCAUGGUCUGCUCCAAGGACCCCAACGCCAAUGUCAAGGUUCCUCUUCGUUCCUGGUCUCAGGAGGAGGAGGAGAAGCUCUGCCGCUACUACAACUCCGAGAUUCACAAGGCCAGCUUCAUUCUCCCCACCUUCGCCAAGAAGGCCCUCGAGUAAAAAGCCUGCCUGACGAAAAAUAAAUGAAAUACUGGUGAUGACUAUAUAACGCCGCCAUGGCACCGAAUCUUCAUGGCUAGGGCCGCAUAGCACAGUUUCCGGGAAUGGGAAAGGGGGACAGUCGAGAUAUGUUGGCGGAUCUCCAACGUGCUUCUACCAAAGAUACCAAAGAUAGCGGCGUCAGCGCAGGGAAAAGGGUGCUCUGGAAACAUCGCGCUUUUAAACAACCCUGCGCGCGAGGCUGUUGAAACAAAAUAUAUCGGAUUCGCCUCGCAAUGUUACGUACAAAUCAGAAA